AUGAAAUCAAGUAAGUAAGUUAAUUUAGAUACUAUGUAAGGAUAGAAAUACCGUAACGUUUUGCCCAUGGUAAAGAAAGUACCCGAACUGCACCGCUCUAAUUGACUUUAUAGGAAGAUCAGGUAAAUAUAAGAUCUUCAGCAGUGUACCAAAUCCCGCUUUCCAGUCAACCACAAAGAAAUCAACAUCAAAAAAUUACGUUUUGAAUUUCCCGCUAAGUUGGCAUUGUGUUUCAAGCUUAUAAAUUUGUUAUUUUUUGAUUUUUAAGCAUUUUUCUUUUAUAUACUAGUAGAAAAUUUAAAUGAACCUAAAUUUUCAAGUUUGUAAGCGUAGCUUAUCUGGAAAGUCGAAAAAAGUGCUUGAUACGCAAUGCCAAAUCUGCCAAAUUGGCGGUAAAUUCAAACUUUCUUUAACUUACUAGUAGAAAAGCUUUAGAUAGACCUACAUUUUUUUAAUUUGUAAGCGUAGCUUAUACGGAAAGUAAAAAAAACGCUUGAAACACAAUGCCAAAGUUGCUAAAUCGGCGGGAAACUGAACCAUUUAAAAUUUAUAACUCAAAAGCGCGAGCUAAAAUUUCUUAUGAUUACUAUUGGCGGAUAACCAUAGCUUUUUCUAGAAAUUAUACAACUAUUUUUAGCGUUUGGUACAAGCCUAGUCGCACAUGCGCCAGCGUUCAUGUCUGAAGUUGAAAUACUAUCCGCGUUGGCCGAAGAGCAGCAUGAACUUCGAAUUGAAAUCGUUGUAAAAUUUACCACCGAAGAUUACACUAGAUGGUGCCCUCAGCCAACUUUAAAACAAUUGGUAGAAAUUACGGAAAAUGUAACCAAGCUUAGAUUCAAACAACAACGAGCAAAUGAAUAUGUAUGCCAAAGGGAGUUUGGGAGACUUGGCUUCGAGUUUUCCAUCCUUUCUUGA